UUGUUUUAAAGACGAAAUCUCAAAGACGAAGAUGAAAUGUUUGCAGAAUUCGUUCCUGAUUUUUAUUAUCCCUCUACCAUACUUUAGCAUCGCAGAACUACCAAGCAGAGCAUGUGAAUAUUCUUCUCAAACCGUAGAGCCGACAAAACUAUGUCCGAGUACACAAAAUGAGUACAAUGCUGCAGCGAAGCGGAAAAAUUGCAAUACGUUUAAACACAAUUGUACAUCAUUCCAAUAUCAUUGUGUUCUUAAUGAAUGGAUGACUGGAUUAGUUGAAGUAUGUGCGCCUUCGAAAUUUAUUUUUGGUGAACAGUGUACUGAGUUCAACAAAGAACUAAAGACUAUUCGCAGAAGCUUCUUAACAAACUGUUCUGCAUUUGAUCCACCAUGUCCAAACCCAUAUAACUCCACUAUGGGAUAUAUGUAUCCUGACUGUUAUUUCACCAUUGCCACAACUUCUAGAGUUAAAGAACUGCCUACAACACUGAACACAUUGAAUUCUAAUGAAACUUCAAAGAACAACAAUCACAAAAAAGCUGCAGCAGAAACAACUCCUAGUGUCAUCAUAGUCGCUGUUGUUGCUUCUGCGUUCGUAGGCAUUACAAUCAUCAUUGUAUUUUCUUUUUUCCUAAAACGAAUCAAAAGAAGUCAAACAAAUAAAUCAUCAGAUGAAAAGACAACAGGAAAGAUGAACUUGCUGCAUUUGGACCCAGUUGAAACAAAAGAAGACCUGAAGAAUGGAGAGUUUGCAAAAACACAGCUGAACUUGUAA